AAAAAUAAAAAUUAUUGAAAUAUUUUUUAAAAAUUACAAUUUUUUUUGUUGAAUACAAAUAUUAGAUUUUGUUGUCUCAAUAAAUUUAAUUGUUGUUUUUACACCGAACUGAUGGGAACACAAGUUGCUUAGAUUCAAAAAAAAAAUUAUUGAUUGUUGACAUAAUCUGUUUUGUUUUCAAAAAAAUUUUUUUUUGAUUUCAAAAAACCCUAAUAUUGACACACAUACAUAUUCAUUAUAUGAUACUGUGUGUGUGUUUUUACGCUAGUUGUGUACGCACAGCUUGUCAGACGCCAUUUCAAUGAUUAUAAACAAAACUCAAAAUGGACUCGACAGAAGAAGUACUCGUUUUGGAAGUUGAAGAAGUUAGUGACGCGCUGGUGGAUUUAUUGCUGAGUUUCGGGCUCUCUGAGGAAAUCAUAAAUCGUUUUCUGGGUAAGAAAUUGUUUUGUUUAUGUGAUGUACGAAGUUUUACCCUUCGUUCGAUUUUUUUUCUCUAGAAAAUCAGUACACUCUCGAAACCCUGCAAAUCCUGGAGCGGAAGGAAAUAGAAGAGUUGAUACCGCCGCCAUUUCUUGCUGAACGGACGAAAUGCGUGCAUGGUUUGAAUGUUUGGAGAGUUGCACAGGUAUAAAUUAACGGAUGUAGUGUUUUAACAACAAUUUCAACUGUAUCUUUUAUGUACCAUAGGGAUUUCCACCGUUAUCAACCGAUUGCCUUUCGACUGCAUCGCCGGUGGUAAAAAAAACUAGUUCAGAAGCCAUCACUCGCGAACGGUGCACUGCAAAUUAUUUGCUGACCGCAUCCACAAAAGGCCGGGCUAUCUUGCAGAAAUGCCAAAAGCAAAAUUUUCUGACAAGAGCUGAUAAGAAGGCUAUAACUCAUCUGGUAGUUGAUGAUUUCAAGGAUCGAUUCGGCAAACUAACUCCUGCGGAGCUACAGGACAGAGCAUCUGAGCUUGGUAGACUUUUCCCAGGAGAGCCAGAGGUAUGAUUAUCGAAUGUUGAGAAACGAUUUUCAAAUAUGUCCGGAAGCAAUGAGCGAUGAAUUGACUUCAUAGUUUAAAAAUGUCAAACUAAUGCUAUUUAUUUUUUUGUGGUUUUCUAGGACGGAUGGUACCAGCCAACAUUUACCAAAAAUAGCGCUGGUCGGAAAAUCAAACUUCGAAAACAAGCUAAAGGGCGACUGUAUGACCGAAACAUCAACUACAGAGAACCGGUUGAAGCUCAACAAAGUGAUUUGCAACAACCGUCCACAUCCGGCGUGAAAUCGUUUAUUGUGGAGGAAAUAAUCUCGAAAGAACAAGGUGAGCUGAUACUUGAAAUGAUAAUAUGGAAAAGUUAUUUAUAAAUAUUUUUUACAGAAGCAGAAUACCAACAAACAAAAGCUUGGUUCUUGAACAAUCAAGACGAGUGGGAAGAAGUCAAACAGAAGUGGAAGACAACUAGUAAAUUGAGAACGUUGGAAGUCUCGAGAAAACCCAACUGGACAUGCGCUUCGAUUUUGGCAGAGUAUCCAACUUUGAGGAAUCACCAAGGGUAUCAGUUGGUCCAGAUUGAUUUUUUGCACAAGUUCCCUGCAAAAGAGACUUUACUGUUCAAUCGUUGGCCCGAACUGGUUGAAGGUAUUCGUCCGAUAUUCAAUGUCGAAGUUACCGACGUGGAUGGGAAACAUCUCCUUGCUAUGCUCGAUGAUGAGGAUGUAAGCCAUGGUAUGAACACAGAAUACUCCUAUUGAAUUGCUUUUAAUAACAUUUUUAUUUGCAGAUACUAAGAAUUUUAUCGUCGUUUCAUUAUUGGCACAUAUUCUGCCAAGUCCACAUCUCACUUGUUCUGGUAAACGCCGAUGGAAACCAUCAAUUCUCGAAACACGACAAAGUGUGGUGCUGCACAUCAACGAUUUAUCGGAAUUGAAUGAAACACUUCGCGUGUUGUUCGAUAGAAGUCGUGAGAAAGGAAUCCAAACUACUCCAUUCAUUUUGGUGCACGGAGAUCUGAAGAAACCCACCGGCUUUCUAGUGUGGAAUAAUAUCGUUUCAUACAAGCUGCCAAACUUUUUGAAGGCUCUUGAUAUCUGUUUGAAAAUUUACAAAGCCUACAAUAUUGACUUUCCACGUCAUUCGUUGGCAGUGUGGGAUUUGCUUUCUACGUUCCUAUUCGAUUUUGAUCCCGUCAGCGAUAAAGCAACUAUUUCUGCCCUCUGUGCAGCUAUACGACAGACAGAAUCGUCACAAUGAUAACGUGUAUAGUUAAACGAUGCUUGUGGACAACUAACUCCAUCGAUCGAUUGUAUGACCAUUUAAGAAGACACCACCAGCAUGUCACUUCGUACUCGUGUAAUUAUGAAAGUUGUACCCGCUGCUACAAUGUCCGAGCAUCGUUUUUCAGACAUUUUAAAAAGCACUUCAACAAUGAACUCGAUCAUAGAAACACGAACUUUGAUGCGGUUCCUCAGAAUAACGAAUACUUUACAAUGAAAUCCGAAGCACAAACACCGCAACCAAACGACCUUCAACCUGAAAAAGACGAGCAUAAGGAUUCCUACAAUAAUAUCGAAACACCUGCCACCGACGCUGAAAAUUCCAAUAUCAUUGAUAUUACAGCACUAGAAAAUCAAAUGCGUAAUCUGAGUAUCGGUUUCAAUUUGAAAUGGUUGGAUGUCAAUGUGUUACCGAGAAAAGUUGUUUUUGAAAUACAACAUGACGUGCAACAAAAAAUUCUCAAGCCUUUAGAAGAUGUUGUCAAUACUAUGCAAACCGUUGGCCUACUUUCUAUGGAGGCUCAAACUAUUUUCAAAAAAAUGUUUGCGAUGUUUGACGGAACAGAAACUGAGUAUAAGUUUAUUGAAUGUUUAAAAUCCGCCGACUUAUAUGUAGUCCCAAGAGAAUUUGUGAUAAGCAAUGAACUACGCCCUGGUGUCAUUCACAACGAACAAGGAAUGGAUAACGAUCCGAUUACAGGAAUCCUAAUGCCAAUAAAAUUUCAAUUAAGGAAGUAUUUGGAAUCACCGUUAGUUUUUGAUACAAUUCUGGACAAUCUUACACCAUCACAAGAUGGUUAUAUUCGCAGCCUCGUGGACGGAACAAUAUGGCAACAAAGAAGAGCCAAAAUAGACUGCAACAUUGUUAUUCCGUUAAACUUCUUUUUCGAUGAUUUCACCACUAAGGACACGGUUUCACCUCAUGCAUCCCGCACAUCCAUAUUAGGAAUAUAUUACUAUAUUCCAUGUCUUCCAGGAUAUAUUCUUGCAAAAUUAGCCAACAUAUUAGUUGCCGGAUAUAUGUUAUCGGAAGAUAGGAAGGAAUACGAGAAUGAAGAUUUGUUCAGCAAUUUAGUGCACACCUUGAUAGAUUUAGAAGUGAAUGGUCUAACAAUAUCAUACAAUGGUACAGAUGUAACAGUUCAUUUUAUGUUAGGAUUUAUAACUGGCGAUAAUCUGGGUGUUGCAGGAAUUUUGGAUUUAGUUGAAUCGGCACGAGCCAAUUUUUAUUGCAGAAUGUGCAAACGUAACCGCGAACAAAGAGAAAAAGAUGCUACGGAAUAUGAACAAACAUUCAGGACCAUUGACGGUUACGAAAAUGAUUUACUACUUAAUGAUGUUUCUAACACUGGUGUUCAUAAGAACAGUGUAUUCAAUCAAAUCCCAUCAUAUCAUGUUGUUUUAAAUGUCUAUUUUGAUCUCAUGCACGAUCUAUGGGAAGGAGUGUGCAUGUAUGGCCUUUCGCAUUGUUUGAAUUACUUCAUCAAAGUUAAAAAAAUGUUUAGUCUUAACGAACUCAAUUGUAGGAAAAACGUAUUUGUUUUUGGGAGCACAAAUUCAUCUAACAUACCAAACGAUAUUAAAGAUACUAACAUAAUUAAGAGUAAAAUCAAAAUGACUGCCAGCGAAAUCAAAACUUUAAUAACAUUUUUUCCACUGAUAAUUGGAAUGUUGAUUCCAGAGGAUGAUCCAGUUUGGUCAUAUUUCUGUAAUCUUUUAAAACUAUGUCAUAUUCUAAUGUUACGCGAAAUACAUCCAAAAUUGUUAGAUACAUUGAAAUCAUUAGUCGAAACCCAUCACACGCAAUAUCAACAACUAUUCAACGACACGUUAAAACCCAAACAUCAUAAUAUAAUCCAUUAUGCAUCUUUUAUUCUCCGUUCGGGUACACCACGACAUCAGUGGGCAAUGCGAGGGGAAGGCAAACACCGAGAUGCCAAACAGUACAGCAGGGUCAAUAACAACAAUACAAAUCUAUGUAAAUCUUUAAGUAUAAAAGCCGGGUAUAAGUUUGCUCAGAACGUUUACAACAGCAGUUUUGUUACUCCUCAAAUAGAUCUCAGCAAUUCCAAAAUUCUCGAUUAUCCAUCAGAUAUUACUUUUAAUUCAUUUGUAGCUGAAAAAAUACGUCUUUUAAAUAAUUCAGUACAUUUCAUAGAUAGUUUUAUAAAACAAGGAUCCACAUUCAGUCAUGGUACAAUUUUUUAUGUAACCUACUGUAAUAUCAUUAAUAUUUUUGAACUGGAUUGCAUACUGAAAGACAAAAGCAACAAUUUAAUUCUAGUCUGUAGUAGCAUCAUGUGUCGUAGAUUUGACGAGCAUUUGCAAUCUUAUGAGGUUUAUAAAACACAAGUACCCAAAUUGAUCUCAAAUAUUGGUUGUUACGAAACACACACCAUCAACAUACAUAGCGUAAAUGAUAAAUUAUAUUUCAGAUUUUGUAAUUUUAAUGUAACGGAUAAGGUUAUUGAAUCAUUAUUUGUAAAUUAAAUGUAAAUAAAAUCAAAAUGGAGAGAAAA